AUUUUGUGAUAUAGACUCUCCACGAUCUCUUCACCGCUCUUUUUUUCUUUAUUCAGCCAUUUCUCUCGCCAUUAUCAAGGGACACAACUCAACACCUUUGUGAAACCGUAAUUGAUACGAUGAGAAUCACACAUAGCGUCAAGCUCUUACUCUUCUUUUUCCUCAUCUCUCUCCUCCUCAUCUCCGUAUCUGCUGGCGAGUCUAAGUGCGAGUGUUCACACGAAGAAGACGAAGGAAACAAAGCGGGAGCCACGAAAUACAAGAUCGCUGCCAUACCUUCCGUUCUCAUCGCUGGAGUUAUUGGCGUUCUCUUUCCGUUGCUAGGAAACUUCUUUCCGUCGUUAAGACCGGGGACGAACUUCUUCUUCGUGACAAAAGCCUUCGCCGCAGGAGUAAUCUUGGCCACGGGGUUUAUGCACGUGCUGCCUGAAGGCUACGAGAAGCUUACGUCACCUUGUCUGAAAGGAGAAGCUUGGAAGUUUCCGUUCACUGGGUUCAUUGCGAUGGUCGCAGCGAUUUUAACUCUCUCCGUUGACUCUUUUGCCACGUCAUAUUUUCAUAGAUUGCAUAAUAAGACGUCUAAGAAGAUCGGUGAAGGUGAAGAGCAAAUCGGUGGCGGUGGUGGUGGAGACGAGCUAGGGUUGCACGUGCAUGCUCAUGGUCACGCGCACGGAAUUGUCAGCGUAGAUUCCGGUGAAUCCGAGGUUCAGCUUCACCGUACUCGAGUUGUGGCCCAGGUGUUGGAGGUGGGAAUAAUAGUACACUCAGUGGUAAUAGGAAUAUCCCUGGGAGCAUCACAAAGUCCACACACUGCCAAAGCUCUCUUUGCUGCUUUAAUGUUUCAUCAAUGCUUCGAAGGUCUUGGCCUUGGUGGUUGCAUCGCUCAGGGAAAAUUUAAUUGUAUGUCGAUAACAAUAAUGUCGAUAUUUUUUUCUGUAACGACACCAAUCGGAAUAGCAGUUGGCAUGGGAAUAGCAAGCUCUUAUAAUGAGUCGAGCCAGACGGCUCUGAUAGUUCAAGGAGUGCUUAAUGCUGCAUCCGCAGGGAUCCUCAUCUAUAUGUCUCUCGUUGAUUUUCUCGCAGCUGAUUUUAUGCACCCUAAGAUGCAAUCUAACACUGGGCUUCGAAUUAUGGCUCAUAUCUCUCUUCUUAUCGGUGCUGGAAUUAUGUCACUCUUGGCUAAAUGGGCUUAAAAUUAGCAACAAAAAAAAAACCAGUACACUUAUAGUUUAUUGUUUGUUAAUACGAGAUGUUUCCUAAUAAAUAUAGAUAUAGAUUUUUGUACUUCUUUUACCAAAAAAUGCUGUUUUAGUGUUAAUAUAUAUUUGUAAACAAAAUUUCAGGUGCAGUCUGUUAGUUAAAAAGAUAAAGUAAUAAAGUGUAUUAAUAAAAUGUAUGAUAACCUUUUGCUUUAAUAGGGAAAAUUUCUUAGAAAA